AUGCAAUCAACUUACUUCCGCCCAGUCGCUUUUACCCAUUUCAAACUCGUCCAAACGCAAUUCCCACCAGUCGACUGCGUCCCACUGUCGAUCCAAGGGUCAUACCAAUACUCCGACAACUACGUCAUGCAAUCGCCAAGACUCAGGUUCGACCAAAGCAACACACACUUCGAACCAGAAAGACUCUAUCUCACCGCUGACAACAUCAGAGCGUCUGAGAUCUUCCAGCUCUCGGAACAGGACAAGAUCAACCACGUCGCCGACUGGAUUCACGCCAGCCCAUCGACCGCAGAGUAUCCCCACCCGUCCACUCUCUAA